CGGACAAUGUCUGACUGGAGGGAGCGUGGAGAGGUGCCGGAUUCCCAAGAAGAGAGCGAUGACUUCUCCAGCGAUCUCGAAACACGACUACCCGUCACAGCCUCUAUCGCUGAAGCCCAGGGCACAGAGGACAUCUGGGCAUUUCCCGGAUCAGACGAUGAAGAGCAAGGCAACAUCCCCUCCGCCGCGGAUGUCCCGCCAUUCUCAACAAGACCGAGUCUGCGGGCAACUUCGGGAUCCGUGACUAUCUCUUUGGCUCCUGCAGAGGACAACUUCCAGAGUCAGGAGCAGCUAUCCCCUCCGAAACUCCCAGAGACAAUACCUUCUUCUCCUUCCGCAUCUUCACCUGACGAGGUAGUCUCCCGCCACAACCAAGAGACAGCGGAUGCUCCUAGCUUACCAAAUGGGAACGCGAUAGCCGCGAGCAGCAAUGAUGCCGCUAGCUUUGCCUCAGCAUCUGCGGUCUCUGGCGAACAGCCAACGACAACUCGGGCCAACGUGGCUCACCACCAUGCUGCCGAGUCGGACACUGCAGAUGCAACGACUCGUUAUGGACGAAGAUUGCGACCUCGAAAUCUGAUACAAGAGAAGCCAUACUUUUACGAUCGGGUGACCUACAGCAAUGCUUUUCGAAAACACGGGCUUAUACCGGUAAACGUGGUCACCGAAUCGGAGAGACGCCAAGAUCCAGAAGCUUCGUCAGAUGCCGCCUCAUGGGAUGGAGACUAUGAUCAGGAUAGCCAGGACAUUGAUCUACCGCCAGAAACCGAUAAGACAGCAACUGGCGGCUUCGCAGCACCCUUGCGAGAGCUUGAUAUGCCAGACGCUGACCAACCUUUUCCACGCGUACCUCAGCCACCUGCUCGAGCCAUCAUUUCCAGUCUACCAAGUUCCCCAACAACUGCAGCCGAUGAUGACCAAGAUCUACCGGACUUGGAUCAGCUCCUGGGACGGCCACCUACUACCAGAACGAAAAAGUCGAUGUGGGGGGCUUCUCAGGUUCAAACUUCGACACAGAGGUUUCGGAGGCGAGAUAUUAUCUACAGUGACUCACCAGAACCAAACUCUGUCGUUGGCCAAAGGCCAAAAUCCGCUGGCUCAUUUCAAGGUGGGUCUGACUCAGAGACUCAGCAAAGCGUCCCGAGGGAAGUCAUCAAUCAGCAGGCGUCUUCACCUAAAACGCCUCCAGGACCUUCAGGUUCUGAUUCUGUAGUGUCCAUAUCCCCCCAGGAAAUCGACAGGCAAGAUGAGCACAGCCGACAAGAAGGUCACGAAGGGUCUGAAAGCAGGAGCGAGGCCGAGAGUGAUACACACCAAGUGGUGACUCAAUUCAGGCGGCGUAUCCGAGGUGUACUGCCCGCUUCUUGGCUUCGACUUGAUCAACAGACGAGUAAAAAUGGCUCUGGUCGGAGUCCCAAGAGGAGGCCCCGGCAUCAUUCUGCUCACCAACAACAACGCGGAAUCGCUCUCACCAAAACGGUGACUCACGGUGCUCUUUCUUCCACUGCGAUUCCAUUGAGCCUAGAUGAAGACAGUCCCGUCCAGUACACAACCGACGACAUGCCUGAGCCUCAGUACAGUAUAACGCCGUCGCAAGAUUCAGAGCGAGAGAAUGAAGGGCUGAGCGACGAUUCAGUCGCGGAGGAGGACUACAUUAGUCCAUUGGCCGUUGGUAGCAAGCGUCAGCUUCGGCUUUCUAAGGCAUCAAAGGGGAACAGGAAACGAGCCAAAGUCUCCGCCGGAUCCCGGAGUCGGCUUGUGCGGGCCCAUUCAAAGCAGCAGGCGAUCACAGGCUUUCUCCAGACUCAGACCCGCGACAGGGCCAAGUCAUUGCCGGCCGACCACCUGUCUGAUGGUUCUCAGCGAAUUCCAGACAAGCCCCGUCAGAAAGCGGUUGGCAGGCCAAAGCGUCGCCCUCAAUCCCCUGUCUUGCUAAGUAUUCUCGAUACAAUAGAGCCAGAUGCUCCUAGAUUCAUGCGCAUUGCUGCACGCUCCGCCAGGCAAACCCUCACUCAGGGGCGUAGUAGUGUGCAGCAAAAACGUAUCAAACUUGCUACCAGGCAAGACCAAGUAGAUGUCUUGUCUGUUAUGGAGAAGUGGAAGUCGGGCCUGAUCAAACAGCGGCCUUCCGUGACGGCAGCCAGCCAGUCAUAUCGUAAGCGGCACCAAGUUACAAAGGCGAAUCAGAAGUUUUCAAGUAAAGGACCUUCCUCCAGCGUUUUGUUCAGUACAUCCAGAGGCACUUCCCGCAAACUCGUUGAGUGCCGUGGCAAGAGUGGUUCCGUCAGUUAUCGGCGAAAUGGCUCAGACACAGAUGUCGACACGACUUUGACGUCUGCGGCGGGCGUGGGCAGCUUUCUGCCUUCGCUUGCUAUAAGGGAGGCUCAGUUAGAAGUGGCUGAGGAAGCAGGGGAAGCCAUGGUUUCUUUUCGCUCGAGAAAGGGGGCACUGGACCGCAUUUUUAACAAGCAAAGACGAAAGAAACCUGCUCUGCAUUUGGCUGAGAAUAGCAACACCGACGGCCCUAGCCACAGUAUUACGGAAGCCUACACCAUGGGGCACACACCCUCCCGAAUUUCCCAGGAGCAAGAGCGAAAACAGAGGCCGCCGAGACUUCGCAAGAGCAUAAAGCCCACUCGACUUGAUGUCACAGCACCUCAAUAUACACGUGCUGGCGAUCCUCUUCCGGUGGCCUCAUAUGUUAUCGCCGCUGACGGUCCAUCAGAGAAGAGCAAGCUCUAUGGCCUGGGCCCCUAUGGUACACGAUAUACUCAUCAUUUCGAGGUAUUUCCGCUUGCUCUUGGAGUCCAGUUCCAUCCCUCGACGCUGCUUGGCAGUGGCGUCUUCAAAGCUGUUGUCGAAGAUUCACAUGUUGGAAAGGCCAAGCUGGACUCACGAUUCUCCAUCAAGUUGGAUGACCAUGUUUUCAAUCUAGAUUCCUGGACUCCUCAUGUGUCUUCUGAAAUCGGGCUUUUCUUUGAUACACUGGCUGGCUCUGUUCUUGACAUAAUACUGGCUGGGCGACUGGAAAAGAGCCAAGAGGAGAAGGUCAUCCGCGGCACCAUCAGUGCCACUCAUUCCGUCUUUGAAUACAUGCAAAAGGUCCUCGAUACACCAGAAACGGAGUCACUAACACCCCCUCUCAUACCGCGGCUACAAGAGGUUUUGGGCAGCGUCAUUCAUCGACUCGACAAGGGUCUCGCGCAGUUGUCGUUCUUUCAUGCCUCUCAUCGUCAACUUAUACUCAAUCUCUUGGAUAGAGUGUUGCUCAUGUCCUUCGCAAUGACUCGAUACUGUCAACGCACGCCGCAACUCCUGGAUGAGCAUUCUGGAUCACAACGUUUCAUGUUAUUACCGGCAGGGUUGAUGAUUUCGGUCCUUCUACGCUGCGGCCUUGAUCCAAUUCAGCAGGUUUACAGAGACGUCGGUCGUCCAAAUCGUCGUGACCGCACCUUGGAGAAAGGUGCUGUUGAAGUACACUCUUGGACCUUGCUAAUUAAGUUGUUCAGACAUGCAAGUUCACGACAACUGUCUUUCUGGAGCGCAUUAGAGACAGCCAUACUCACGCCCGAGGUUCUCUCUGGCACAGACGCUCUCGAAUUUGAACGCAUCUGGGAGACUAUGUUCACCCUGCUGCCGCUUUUUGAGUUUGAUGACUCUGGGAGAAUAGCUACCAAGGUACCGCACAAAGCAGAAAAUGAAGGCUGGGCAAUACCUCAGAAGCUACUCCGUCGUGUUUUCCAACUCUACCAAGAUAACGAGCAGCAGACCGCGAGCUUCAAUAACUAUUGUCGGGCUCUCAUCUCGCGAUGCCACUACUUGGUUCGCCAAUGGGGUUGGCUUCGUAGCGCGUCCGUUGUUGGUGUUAUCUUUGACUUCUUCGGGUCCCGGAGCUUGGCACAUCUCCGAAACGAAGAAGUCUACCAGUCACCGCGAUUCCUAGAGGAACUAGCCGAAGAGCCAGUUCUCGAGGUUGAAGCAGAUGACUUCUGCUUUCACAUAUUUCUCAAGCUCCUUGCCCUAAGCAUCAAGAACCUCAGGCACUUUGGCUCCCAGAAAGACAUUCGCAAUCUAGUAGCCCGAACCAUACCGAACCAUAAUCGCUCCUACCUCAAGGAACAUACCGUUCAUGAGCGAGAUUUGGCUGCUUUGAGAAACCAUCAUGAUCUCAUCGGUACGCUGUUCUGGGCGGCACCACCUGCAAUCCGACCUUCGGUAGCCAUCAUCGAGAAAUUGGUCGCUGCCGCUAGCUCUCACAAGGAGGCAUGCCUGAUCAAUAUCAGAGCAUGGGCUCAACUUGCGCGGUUCGUCGUCUCAUCUGGUGAGGCGAAAUCAUCUUUCAAACCCUUUGAGGAAUGGAGGGAUGCCGUCUUUCAGCAAAUGCUUGUGCAGUUUGGCAAUAUCGCGGCAGAUGUCCACCUGCAACAGGUAAAUCUUUCCGAAGAUAAGAGUAAGUUUAUCACGCAGAGUGUUGUCGAUGCCACAAUCAAGAAGAAUAAGGCAGCGGUGAUGGACGUUAUACGUCUAUCGCUCACAGCCUCGUUAGAUGUUAUCAGAUGUGCUCCAGACUUAGAGGCAGCAACACACUGUUUGAGCACCCGUCACCUGAAGCAGGUCUUCGAAUACUUCAAAGUGUCGCCCUUCGAACUGGAUUGGUCGAUACUGCGCACAGCGCUGACCAUCUUGGACACCUUUGUGUCGCGAAUCGAGGACUUCAAGGCGAGCCACUCCAACCAGCAGAGUGAAAGCCAGCUCUUAGAAUCGGCGCAAGCGGACGAGGCUUUCUGCGCCCUGGGGCAAGAGAUAUCUCACAGUUAUUUCUCAAUGGCCCGAUGCAUCUUGUCAUUACCGACGGAGGGGUCUGGCUUUCGAGGAUCGCCUACGGCUGACAAGGCUUGGUGUGUUAGACAGGUCACCACAUUAUCCGCGAGGAUGGGCAUUGGCUUCAUUAAUGGUAGCCUAAUGAUCAACGGUGACCUGUUCAAGCUGUCGGAUAUGUUCAAGAGCGGCAAUUACUGCUUGUUUAGUGGCCAAUUACAAUCUAUGGAUCCUUCACACAGACAACAUCUUAUCCUGUUCAUAUCGACGCUGCUGAGGUACGAAUUUGACGAUUUCUCCGACGUUGAUUUCAACAUCUGUGAGGUGUGGAUUCUGGCAUUGGUCACGCCCAUCGAAUACUUGAGGUAUGAAGACCUCAUCGAUAUACAGCGGCAUUGCUAUACCAACGGGUACAUCCCUGACCGCAUGGUCGAGUUACCAACUCAGCCAAGCUACAAAACAAACCAUCUCUUGUUCGAGUUUGCGCUUUCGUCAAUGCGCAAAAAGCUUCGUCGCGCUGGCCCUCAGGCUCGCCGAGUUCUUUCCAUUGAAUACUCGAGGACCCUCAGGCUCGCGAUGGGACAGAUGCGAAACGACCUGAGUGUGACGUAUGAGAAUACUUUGCAGCAUCGGCAGUACGUCGAGUUCGUUCAAGGCGUUAUAUCAUCGAUCAAGGCACACGGAUCCGACAUAUGCAAUAUAGACGGCUUCUUCCUUCAGAGCAGCAGAGAAUAUUAUCACCCGCCCAUUCAAGAUCCCCAGCUUCAGAUUGCAGGUAUGCUUUCGUAUGGCAUUCGCAUAGAAGAGGGUGAUCCUAGGGCAGCUCACGAAUUGUUUUACCUCCUGUUCAAUAACUUCAAACAUGCCCUGAGGAAGGGAAACCUAGCACAUGAUGUUCGUAUGCUUCGAGAAGCCAUGAAGCAUAAGAGCAUACUGGCCUUUGUUCUGGGAAAGAUGCUACCGGCCAUUCUCGGGGUGUCUUUCCUGGAUAGUUCCUCUUUUGCCCUUCUGGAUGUGUAUACGGAAGCCUUACAUCGGCUACUCAGGGGGCCAAUAUUACCUCGGCAGCUUGGCAGCGACGAUCUUCCAUAUGUUAUUGUCACCAUACGGGCCAUCGUGGAGGGGAUGAGAAUCAUGCGCCGCCGCCGUGAGAUCCUAACUACUUCUCAGCUUCACAUUUUGAGACAGGCACUAGUCAUCUCAAACUCUCUAUGGCCAUCGCUGCUGGUUGUGACUGCUGAACGGCCUGGAGACCCGUGCCUCAGGGACAUAGCCAGCGUAAUGCGCCAAAUCGCUUCCUUCGCAACAGUCGCUCAAGGAUAUCUCCACGAUCUGACUGAGAUGGAAAGCGACGACUUGCCAGAGGCUGACUUGCUGUUUCAAGGCCUUGGAGUUGAUCAGCCUCUGGUUUUUGACGAGCAUGUCAAAAGUUUCACAGUUAACAUGAAAGAUGACAUUGCCAAGACGUGGAUCUUAGGCCCCGAGAGGAUCUCUAUACAAAUGCCCACCAAGGCAAACGGACUCGCUCAGGAAGACGGCCAUGGCGUGCAACUUCCCAAUUGGGCAGUGAAGGAUAUAGUGCGUGAUAUAUAUGAUCAGAUCCAGCACUGGUAUUGGCAAUGGGUUGCAUUUUAG